UUUAACCAGUCUCCCGUUAAUCUUUUAAACAAUUUAACCAAUUAAACAUGCUUAAAUAUUACUUUUAAUAUUGUAACUGCUAAUAUUUAUACAUGUACAGAUGAUGCGUGCAUACAUAUACAUUUAUAUUUUUAACAAAAUAGCGAAUACAAGCUUCUUUAGCUAGCAUAAACUAACUAGCCAGCUAAGCUAACUUGACUAAACGACCUUUAUGUUGCCUCUGGAACGCACUAAAAAUGGCGGCGGGAUUCUGCGCACUAUGUAGGAGCCCUAACUAGAACGCAGGCGCGCGGAUUGGAGCGCGGCCCCCAGCAGGUUGUGUGGCUGUAUGGAUGGAUGAAUGGAUGGAGGGUGCAGUCAAACACAUCAUCAGGAUUUACACAAAAUACUGAGCUCGUUAAAAUAUUCCGAGCAACCUGUUGAUCUAGUUUGUAAAAUAAUUCGGAUAAGUGAAGCUUCAGACAUGUAAAAGCGAAACCAAGAGACGAACGCCAGCAUCAGGGAAGCUAGCAGCCGUUCAGGAAAUGAGCGAGGGCGACUUCGCCAUCAUGGCCGACAUGGCUGAAGUAAGCCGCAUACAGUACGAGCUGGACUACACCGAGGGCAUCAGCCAGCAGAUGAGGAUCCCCGACAGGCUGAAAGUCGGACCGGGUUCGUCGAUGGUCCAGCCUCCGCUGUUCCCCGAGGAGCCCCACAGCACCCUGAUGCAGGUUCCAGACAGGAUCGUAGUGGCAGGGCACGAAGUCGAUCCUCACUUCAGCAGGCCACGAGAGCUGGAUCUGAUCCAGUCCAUCCCAGUGGAGAGCGUGGAGCUGAAGACUCCUCCACGGGUCCUCACUCUCCAAGACCAGGCUCUGGACUUCCUGGAGCCGGUGCAGCAACCAGGACCCGCUCAGCUGAAAGAGGAGAUUCGCUCUCACACAAGAUCCCGGCGUGAACGUUGCGUCAGCGAGACUUUGGGAGCGUGUCACAACGGCCAGAUUGUCAAAUACGAUGCCGUGAGCCCGUCUCCCAGCGCUCCUGUCCGUGUUUGUCCCCCGCUUGUGUCCCCCGAGGACUGGCCAAGCGUGGGCACUGUGGGCGGAGUCCUGUCCUACAUCCAGCUCACCACACGCCGGGCCUACGAGCACGUCCUGGCCAUGCUGGACGACUCGCACCGCAGGACUGCACUUGUGACUCUUGAUGCUGGUUUGGAAGGGGCUCCUGAUGACCUGGCGUUAGCCGACGCCCCAGCACUAAGACGACAGAUUGUGAAGUUGAACCGUAGACUUCAGGUGCUGGAGCAUGAGAAUAAAGAGCGAGUGAGGCGGGAGAUGGUGAUGUACUCCCUCACCGUUGCUUUCUGGCUGGUGAACACGUGGAUGUGGGUACGCCGCUGAGCGCUGGAGCCAUCGCCUCGAUCCACUCAUCAUCUCAGGCUGCAUUUAAUCAGACUCUCAGAUCUCCCUUUUGUAUAUAUCUACAUUCAUUAUCACUCAGAUAUUCUUCCUAAUGUCUAAACUCAGACCAGAUACCAAAAAUUAGCUAAAAAAAAAAAAAAAAAAAGCUAGAUAAUAUAGUUUGGGCAACAAAAAAAAAAUGAGAGGGUGCCAAUAGUUUAAACUAAAUGGAGCUGUACUGAUAUGACUGUCAGUUUCUCAAACCUGUAUAUAAACUGUGUUCGUGUACAAAAAUAAAAAAAAAAAAAUCACUUCCUGUAGGUGAUUAGUGCCAAUAAUGUGUUCAGUGGUUGUUAAAUAGCAUCAUGUUCAUGAAUACGACAUCAUUAAGUAAAGAGUAAAUGACUUCAGGACGUGCUGUUAGAGGAAAAUAAUCAGUGUGUUUUAUUCCUCUUCUACUACAGCAAUUUAACAAUUACUACAUUUCUUAAUUUAUUAAAUAAUGACACUGUAGUUUUUAUCCAUUUAUAGUUACAUUUAAUGUUGUGGAACGUCCGUGAAGCAAGUUGCCUCCUGUUCUCACUUACGUUAUAGCAGCUAUAAACAGUCGUUCGCUCAGAAAACUUAAAAUUACAGCUUUACAGCUUUACCUCUGACUGUUACAAAGCACUGACACUGGAGACUCCUUCCAUAAAUGUGAAACGAACAUCUCCUUACAGAAAACUUCACCAUAUCAACAAUUACAAACGUGUUUUUAAUCUGUUUAUGCGGAGCGUCCACCGUACAAGUCCCAGUGAGUGAGCAGUUACUAUAGAAACCAUAACGUAUUAGAACGAGCGCAUUAAUAUGAAACUGUCAUUUUCAGCUGCACUACUGUCAGAGCUGCUGUUCUGGAAAAUUAAUCAACACCUGAUGACCAAUCAGAAUCCGAAUGAAUGAAUGGAUAUACUGAGUGCUGAAAGAAAGAAUUUUUAUGCUGAAGGAAUUAAUUUAUGAAUUGAAAGAAAGAAAGAAAGAAUUGAGAGCAAAAGGAAAGAAAGAAUGAAUGAAUUGAAUGCUGAAAGAAAGAAAGAAAGAAAGAAAGAAAAAGAAUUGAGUGCUGAAGGAAGAAAGGAAAGAAAGAAAUAAAGAAUUUACUUCAGAAAGAAUGAAUGAAUGCUGAAAGAAAGAAUGAAAAUAUGAAAGAAAGAAUUGAAGUGCUGAAUGAAUGGAGUAUUGAAAGAUAGCAAGAAUUUAGUGCUAAAGGAAAGUAAAGAAAGAAAGUGUGUAUUUUCACAUUUAUUCCAAACAGCAGUAAUGAAACAGGAGUGUGUGAAACAGCAGUAAUGAAACAGGAGUGUGUAGAACAGGAGUGUGUGAAACAGCAGUAAUGAAACAGGAGUGUGUAGAACAGGAGUAAUGAAACAGGAGUGUGUGUAGAACAGGAGUGUGUAGAACAGCAGUAAUGAAACAGGAGUGUGUGUAGAACAAGAGUGUGUGAAACAGGAGUGUGUAGAACAGGAGUGUGAAACAGGAGUGUGUAAGUGUUGUACCAUAGCACAUGAACAGAUUGUGUUGUAUAAGUGUGUUAAGAGGCAUGCGUGCUGAAGCACAAACAUGACUAUGUUGUGAAUAAUUGUAAUCUGAUGUUUUAUUGUUUAUUUAAAUAAACAUUGUGGAUCUUUACUCGA